AUGUCUAAAGGCAGCCCUAGCCAUAUCUACAAUCUCGACCAACUAGAUUUCCUCUUGUUUGACAUUUUUCUAGCUUUCACUGAAGCUGUAAUAACCACUUUCCUCUGGAUUUUGCUAUAUUUAGCUCAGUACGACGAAGUCCAAACCAAGAUACGCCAAGAACUCUUUGAAGUAUCGCGAAGUGAACAAGUAAAAAUGGACGACUUUGCCCACUUACCCUACAUCAAAGCAGCCAUUGCUGAAGCCACUAGAAUCAGAAGUUUAACACCAACUGGACUUCCGCACUAUGCGACCGAAACCAUUUGUGUUGAGGGUUUUACGAUUCCCAAAGACGCAAUGAUAAUGCCAUUGUUGUGGGCGAUUCAUAUGGAUCCAGAUGUGUACGAAAACCCGGAGGAGUUUUGUCCUGAGAGGUUCUUGGACGACGAAGGACAAUUUUUCAAGCCGGAUACGUUCGUUCCGUUUCAGAGUGGGAAGAGAAUGUGUCUUGGAGAAGAAAUAGCGCAAACGAUGAUGUCGAUUUUUGUUGCUACUGUCGUGAAGAAUUUUAAAAUCGAACGUCCUGAGUCGUCGGUGCUGGAUUUCACGGGUGUGUGUGGUGCUUUGCUAAUCCCUAAACCCCAGAAGAUAAUAUUUAAAGAAAUAUAA